AUGAUGAGUACCAAGCGCGCCGAAGUCCUCCUAGGAAGUGGAAAUUAUUUCCAUUGGGAGUUCAAUAUGAGGAUGUCGCUCGCCAGAAAAGGACUGCUGGCGCACGUGGAGGUGGUCAAGGCGGAGAGUGAGAUAACGGAAGCUUGGUUAGUAAAUGACGCAAAGGCUCUCGGCAUCAUCGCGCAGGGUGUGGAACUACAACACCAGACAAAGAUCCGUUCGUCGACGCGUGCUAUUCAAGCGUGGGUAACACUUAGGGAGUUCUACAAUCGCACUACACUCCACAAUCGGGUCACGAUGACACGGCGCCUCCACGAAUUCAAGAUGGAUGCUGGAACGGCCAUGGCAAAGCAUUUGGACGCUUUCGACGAGCUCGUUGUCGGUCUUCAGACGCUUGGAGAGCCCGUCGACGAGGCACGGCAGCUAGUAGUGCUGCUGAGCAGCCUUCCAGCCGAAUACGAGCUGAUAUCGUCGAUCAUCGAGAACGUCAAGGACAUCACGCUCAUCGAGGUGAAAGAGAAGCUGUUGAAGGAGUGUGAACGGUUGGAGAAGAAACACACGACUUCGGAACGAGCAUUUAAGGUCAACGCUGGACGUUUCAAGGACAACAAGAGGAGUGGUCGCAAGUGGAGCGAUCAGAAGAAGAACUCUAGUGGUUUCCAAGGCAAGUGUUUCAAGUGCAACAAAGUUGGGCACAUGAAGCGGGACUGUCAAGAGGGAACAACAGACGGCGAUGCGGUAUUUGUUGUGAGCACAGAACGUGUAAACGGAUGGUUGAUCGACAGCGGCGCGACCGCCCACAUGACCCCGCACCGUUCCGAUCUGUUCGAGUAUGAGAACGUGAAUGGUGGCAUCGAAGUAACAAUCGCUGACGGAAAGAAGCUGCAGGUCACUGGACGUGGUACGGUACGCUUGCUUGGACUGGACGGUAAACGGAUUAAGAUGGUUGAAGUUCUUCACAUACCAGGCCUCGAUCGGCGUCUGUUGUCAGUGGGGAAGCUCGCGGAUCGUGGACUGAACGUGGAGUUUCAGCGUUCCUCAUGUGUUAUAUGGGGAGCAGCUAGCGCAAUUGCGAAGGGCAAGAAGGUCGGCAAGGCUUACAUGUUAGACUGUGAACAAGAAGAAGCUCGGUUCGUCCAGUACGCCGGGGCUGACAGCAAGUGGGAGCUUUGGCACGCUCGCAUGGGGCAUCCCAACCAGGAUGCUCUGGAUAAGACAAGGCAUGCCACGAACGGUAUUCCGGCUGUUGGUCAACCGCCCCAGUCUUUGUGCGGCGGAUGCAUGAAGGGGAAGCAAACGGUGGCUAAAUUUCCGCAUUGUUCCAGCUCGAAGACGUCGCGCAUUCUUGAGCUCGUCCACACGGAUAUGAUGGGACCAAUGAAUAAUCCUUCGAAAGGUGGUGCCAAGUAUGUCCUGACGUUCGUGGACGACUACUCGCGCUACGUUGUGGCCUAUUUCUUGAAAAAGAAGAGCGAGCUGGCCAUUAAGCUUGGAGAGUUCAUGACUUUCUAUGAGAAUCAAUGGGGAGAGCGCAUGAAGUGUUUACGAUCGGAUAACGGAACGGAGUUUGUCAACCAAGAGAUGACGAAGAUAUGUAUGCUGAACGGUAUCGUGCACCAACGGACUGUCCCGUAUAGCCCUCAGCAGAAUGGAGUGGCAGAACGGAUGAACCGAACUAUCAUGGAGAGAUCUCGAAGUAUGCUAUACUACAAGGGCGUUCCAAUGGAGUGGUGGGCUGAAGCAGUUAGUACUGCGGUAUAUCUAAUCAACCGUUCCACGAACACGCACAACGCAACCGUAACACCGUUUGAGCUAGGUUUCAAAGUAAAACCUACGCUAGAUCACCUACGCGUAUUUGGUUCUCGCGGGUACGCUCACAUUGACGAAGCGAAGAGGACGAAGCUUGAACCUAAGAGCUUUAGAUGUCUGCUGCUCGGAUACCCAGAAAACGUCAAGGGUUACCGUGUCUACGACUUGGACGCUUCCAAGGUCAAAGUUUCUCGCUCGGUGAAAUUGGACGAGCGUGAGGUAGAUGGUAUUUACGAUACACUACCUGCUCAGAUUGAAACAGUUAUUCAUGUUAGCACAGACGCCGAUGAUGAAGUCACGCUCGCACCAGUGGAACUUCAACCCGUCGAAGCGAAACCCAUGGAAGGCGUUGAGAACGACGCACCGGAUGUAGAGAUGGAGAGCAUGCAACCGAUACAGGACGCUAUACCGCCGCUGCUGAUGCCACAAGAACGGUCAGCUCCCACUGGAUUUGAGUUGGAACCGUACCGUGGACCACCGACUAUCUUCGAGGACGAUCAAGUGGUGUUCCAUACCCCUAGAGACCGUUUUAGAAGUUCCCGGGAACCAGUCUUCCUUCUAGAAGAGGGAACGGACGCAGAGGAAGAACGGAAGUCGGAAGGAAGAGAUGGACCGUCCUAUCCGAAGCGUGCCAGGAUCGAUGAAGACGGCCUUAUUGCUGAAGCCGUCCUCGCGUACGCAGCAAGCAUUGACACAGUGGAUCUUCCUACAACAUACGCUCAGGCAAUUGCCAGUGAAGAUUCAACACAGUGGCGUGAAGCCAUGGAUGCUGAACUGCUCUCUCAUAAACGGAACAAUACCUGGACAUUAGUUCCACGAGGAACGGCCAUCCGUACCAUUGGGUGCAGAUGGGUGUUCGCCAAGAAGCGUGACCAGAACGGUCGCGUGGUGCGCUUCGAAUCGCGGUUGGUGGCGAAGGGUUUCAAGCAGAAGUACGGAGUGGAUCUUUUUGAAACGUACUCUCCUGUGGCGAACAUGAACUCGAUUCGAGUUGUGCUCUCAGUCUGCGCUGCUUUCGCGUACCAGAUGGAACAGUUGGACGCUGACACAGCGUUCCUCAACAGUGAGUUGGAGGACCGUGUCUACAUGGAGGUACCAAUUGGCGUUGAGAACGCUCAGAACUAUGUGUGCCAGCUGAACAAGGCCAUCUAUGGACUGAAGCAAGCUGCAAGUGCCUGGAACAAGACCAUUCAUCGGGUAUUUCUUGGGUACGGAUUCAAGAGCUGUGGUGCGGACCAGUGCGUCUAUGUCAAGCGUUCCAAGAGCAAUUUCAUUUACGUCUGUCUUUACGUAGAUGAUAUGAUCAUUGCGGCGAAGACUAGUGAUGAAAUUGAUGACGUGAAAAACGCACUCAAGAGUGUCUUUAAGAUGAAGGAGCUUGGACCGGCGAAAUUUAUCCUGGGAAUGGAGAUCGACCAUAACAUGACUGCUGGAACGCUUAUGAUUAAGCAAACGCGAUACAUCGAUGAUGUGGCAAAAUGGUUCGGGCAAGAGAACGCUAAUUCGGUUGACAACCCGUGUGCAACUGGUCUUAAGUUGUCAAAGUCGCAAUCGCCAGCAACGGAUGAAGAGCGAAGAAAGAUGCAAUCGAGACCGUACCGCUCCUUAAUUGGAUGCCUACUGUAUAUCACGACGUGUACUCGCCCGGACAUUUCAUUCGUGGUAACGCAACUUUCUCGUUUCCUGGAGAAUCCCGGGACGCAGCAUUGGGACGCUGCUAUACGUGUUCUACGCUACUUAAAGACGACUCGCCAGCACGGGAUCAUCUACAAAGGUGGUACUGGCAGCGUCACAGCUGAAGCCUACUCGGAUGCGGACUGGGGUUCCAACCUCGACGACAGGCGUUCUGUCUCGGGGGUUAUGAUCAUGAUUGGGAACGCUCCGGUGGUGUUCAAAUCUAAGUUCCAACGAACGGUUGCCCUCAGCUCAGCGGAAGCUGAGUAUAUGGCUUUAAGCCUAUGCGUUCAGGAAGUGCUAUGGACGCGUGCGAUACUGACGGACAUGGGAAUGGUACAAAUAAACGCUACCCAGAUAUGGGAGGACAAUGAAGGAGCGAUUGCUUUGGCCCAAAACGCUGGUUAUCAUGCUCGGACCAAGCAUGUGGACAUCCGUCAUCACUUCAUCAGAGAGACGAUCGAAGACGGGACGGUUGCGGUAGCGUAUGUGGACACCAAACAUCAAUUGGCCGACAUACUGACCAAGGCGCUAGGAUCCAAGACGUACAAGUUCCUGCGCGAUGCAAACAGUAUCCAGUGCAAAGAAACCAAGCAGUAG